GUUAUGCGAAGAACGGGUAUUUCGCUUAAAAGUAAAGGAGGGAUAAUGACAAGUUAUUGUAGGGUGACCUUAACAAAGCCAGAUCGAGGCUGGGCUUGGGUGGUACUAGGAGCCUCGUUUGGAGCUAUGGUUGUCAAUGGUUGUCUAGGACAGGGAAUUGGGGUUGUUCACCUCGCUCUACUUGAGAAUUUCAACGAGAACAACAUGCGCACUUCACUGGCUGGCUCCUUGUUCGCGGCGACGCAGUCAUGCGGAGGUGUGUUUGCUGGCCUUGUCCUCAAGAAGUACAGUUGCCGAGUAGCAACCAUAGCAGGGUCAUUGGUAAUGACCGCGGGGUUCGUUUGCUGUGCCUUUCUGGAUUCUCUAGACUUAGUCAUACUGUUUUACGGAGGAAUAGCGGGCAUCGGCGCAGGUUUGACUUAUACGACGGGCAUUGUCGUGAUUGGGUUCAACUUUGAGGAGAAGCUCAACCUGGCGAGUGGGGUAGCUCUGUCUGGAGUAGGCAUGGGAGUGCUGGGACUCUCGCCGGUCAUUCAGGAAAUGAGGGAAAUAUUUGGAAACAAGGGUUUCUUUUUCAUCCUGGCUGGAAUUUCUGCCCAUAUUUGUAUAUUUGGAACAUUAUACUUCCCAUCACAAUUAGAGAAAAGCAAUAAAGCUACUAGAAUUCAGGAUAUGGAUUAUGUGACCAAUUCGGAUGAGAUUUGGACAACCAGUCGAGAUAAUGACGUAGCAUCCAGAUCUCCCCAAAGAGCAGAUGGCAGAACAGCUCGUCAUAAUCGGGAAAAUCAAUCCAUAACUAAAAUAUCUAGUGUAUUCAGAAAUACUCCAUUGGUCAUGUUAUGCUUUAGUCUUUUCUUUGCCCAGUUUGGAAUGUUCAUAAUGUUUAUCAAUUUGCCGAACUAUGCAGUCCUGACAGGUGCUGCGCCCCUCCAAGGCGCGUUCCUUAUCUCCGUGUCUGGUAUAUGUUCAAUGACGGCGAGAAUUCUCACUGGUCUGGCAACAAGUGGGAACGAGGUGGACGUCGCACUGAUGCUGUUCGGAACAGUCUCAGUGAUGGGUAUAUCAACUAUUUGUUUCCCCCUCUACGGACACUAUUACGAGGGACAAGUCCUGUAUGCUGUAUUUUUGGGUUUAUACAGUGGGAGUUGCUUCCAGUUGUUGAAUGGACUGAGUUUACGACUGGUUGGGCUGCGACAUCUGGAUACGGCGGUGAGCAUUGAGAUGUUUGCCGUUGGUCUAGGUAUAUUAUCUGGUCCUCCAUGUGCAGGACUGUUUCUCGACAAUGGUGGGACGUAUGACCAGUGUUUCAUUGUCACAGGUUUCAUCAUAUUAGGUGGAGCUUUGUUUACUAUGGCCAGUGAGUUUUUCCGAACAAGACGAGGAUCUUCUGAAACAUAACAGGAUACCGUAUAUAUAUAUAUAUAUAACUACAAGAUAUAAAGACAUCACCAAGUAUGAAUGGAUCAAUUAGAGUCAACAUCCGAGAAUGAGUCACCAACUAUAAAGGAGUCAUCACGAACAGUUGUGACAAUGACGCACCAACUAUAAAGGAGUCAUUACGAACAGUUGUGACAAUGACUCACAAACUAUAAAGGAGUCAUCACGAACAGUUGUGACAAUGACUCACAAACUAUAAAGGAAUCAACGCGAACAGUUGUGACAAUGACUCACAAACUAUGAAAGAGGCAACUCCAACAGGUCAAUGAUUGCCAAAUCAUGACGGUGACUUACGACACAUGGAGAUUUUUUUAAUUGACUCACAAACUAUAAAGGAAUCAACGCGAACAGUUGUGACAAUGACUCACAAACUAUAAAGGAAUCAACGCGAACAGUUGUGACAAUGACUCACAAACUAUAAAGGAAUCAACGCGAACAGUUGUGACAAUGACUCACAAACUAUGAAAGAGGCAACUCCAACAGGUCAAUGAUUGCCAAAUCAUGACGGUGACUUACGACACAUGAAGAUUUUUUUAAUUUGGACAAGCAUUUACAAAUCAUCUUGUUGUCAAUCCAAACCAUGACUUAUAAUGCCCGAAAACAUGACUCAAAAACCGUGAAUGUGUUAACUUGAAAAAUGCCUAACAGAGAUUCAGAGAUUUUUAUUAUCAAUCAGGCACAGUAUUGUAUGCAACAAGAGGUCAUCAUAAAGAACAAUAUUACAAUGAUAUGGUUGAACGUAAAGCACUCAUCUUACUAUACAAGCGUACAAUAAUAUAGUGGAAACUAUUACACUCCCCAUACAAUGAUAAACACAAUAUUACACUGUUCAUAGAACUACCAUACCUUGUUAUAAUAGACAAUAUAACGCACUGCUCCUACAAUGACACUCAUCAUACGUGAUAUACAGUAUUACGCUCAUUUUACAAUACUAUUACAAUGGUAUGAUACACAGCAUAUUCAGCCAUACCGUACGUUCACAGUGGUAUAGCAGGCGCACUGUUGCAUCCAUCUUACAGUACAAUCCUACAAUAAUAUUAUUACAGUAUCACACAUAUAUUACUCGUACUACAUGAUACAUGUAUUAUAGAUAGUAUACCACACCAUACAGUGCAAUCAUACCAUGGCAUAAUAGUGACUAUCAUACUCAUCAUGACAUAUAAUAGUACAAAGGUAUAAUAGACAGUAUUACAAUCCCAUCAUACAAUACUGUAACAGACAGAUACAAAUAAUAUACAAAUAACUUCAAUCAGGGAUAUAACAAACCAACCAUGAUCAACAAGCUGUUAACCACACUCAUUAUACAAUACAAUUAUGUUAGGUUUAACAAAAUGAUCAGUAAUU